GAGUGUGAACUGCUCUUGUACUGCAAAAAUCCCUGUUUGUUCUGCUCAGUGAACUUAGCAAAAAAAUAAAAAGCCCUGGUGUGGGGCUGGAUUUCCGCAAAGCUUGUGAGACACACAAACAAACACACACACUAUGGGACUGAGGGCACAUAUCUGCAAGGCUGCGCACUGGGAGGAAGAAUCUCUGUUCAGGCCAUAAUGAAGAUUCCUAAAGUUGGAGGAGGGCUGUCAGCAGUAAUAUAACCUGCCACUGGGUCGUAGUAUUAACUUAAUUCCCUUGGACAGGAAGACUGGAGCCUGACAGAGAAUCCUGGGCUGCUUGCUGUCUCCAGGCAUUAGAAUGGAUGGUCGCAGAUGGAGGGAUGAAGACGGUGCCUGGUUCUACAACACAGCACCACGUAGAUACAUUGACUCCCAUGGAAAGCACAGGACCUUGCCUGGGCCAGACUACAAAACCUAUACUCAGGAUAUGGAAAUACCCAGGAGGCCACACAGGGACAGAGGCCUAUACAGCACAAUUCCAGGGAGGUCAGUUGAGAGAGGACCCAUGAAACAUCCAUACAGGGCGCUGCCUGUCUCCCAGCCUCCCCAAAGUUCAAUACUUCAGGACUCUACAAACUGGACUUCCUCUCUGCCACAAGGAGCCAGAGGCCCUAAAUUACUGGGAACAGAUCAGAAAAUAAGGGCAGUGGGAAGAGAUGAGAGGGAGUAUGAGGAUGCACACAGGAUGAUUAGAAAGCAAGCCAGGGAACAGGAUAGAAAACGACGGAAGAUGCUUAGAGAAGCACAAGCCGAUUCAGUGAAACUUUCCUCUUCAGAUGGACUGAUGGGCAAGCACGUGGAAGAUUACAGUGUAUAUAGAGAAUGGGAACCUGAUUAUUCUACGUGGGAGAAAAAAAAGGUAGCCAAACGGGAUGACACUGAAUCUUUCUCCUGGCAACCAAAACAUUUACUUAAUCAAUUGACCUCUCACACUCCAAAAAUACCUCUAAGGGGUUCUGAGCCACAGUUGGACAAAGAAAAGGCAGCAGCACAACAUGAAGGAAAGCACAAUCAAGAAAAGAAGAGGUGGUGGUUCAAGAGUCCAAAGCAGCCUAAAGAAGGAGCCUCAGACUUACCUGCUGCUAAGUACCAGGAGCCCUUAGACAACAUAUAUACAGAAGGUGGCACUAAAAUAAGUAAUGAAUUCUACAAAAUCCAGUUUACAAAAAAAAAUCAGGUUCAGAGAAAUCAAAAACAACUCCCUCCUUAUGUCCCACCCCCCUCAUACAAUUCAUCUCAUCGUAUUCUCUCCACCUGUAGGAAUACAAACAUUUCAAAUACCCUUCCUGGAAAUAAAUCUGUCCGUGGCAGUGUUGCAGUGGCUUGUAUGGACAAAUGUGAGAAAGGUGACCAUAAAGUCCAACUGUGCAAUGCAGAAUCUUUAAAAAACCCCAAAUUAACCAUAUCAUCUCACAUGAACCUACAUGAAGGCAGUCAAUGGGCAGCAACCAAGCAAAAGCAAGACCUACAGGCUUACCAAAACAUUAAGUGGGACGAGAAACUUCCCCUGUUCCAUAACACGUGGGGUGGUUUCCACUCCCAGCGGCAGGUCAGCCAACUGCCCCUAAAAGCUAAUGAAUUUAGUGACCAUAUAUAUGAAAUUGUUGAAGGUGAAGGUUAUCCACUUACUCCUACUUUGUCUGAUGCUCAAAAAUAUAAUUCUGGUUUGCACACAGAUGAAAUGACAUAUGGGACAAUGAUCAUACCCCAGCAAUAUUUAUUGCCAAGGACAAGCGAGAAAACAUUGACUGAAAGGAAGGGUACAACAAAAAUGAUGAGAGAUAAGGUAACUAAGGGGGAGCAACAUUAUCCUGGACUUUUUGAUGUAUCCCGCCCCCCUAUUCCAUCACAUGGCUUAAAGAUGUCAAGGGAUUUGGGAUUCAGCUAUACAAGUGACAAAUUCAAUUACCUAAGUAAAAGAGGGGGAGCAGGCUAUAAACCUUCUAUACAGCCUGAAGAGGAUUGUGGGCCCAAGGAGGAAAGAACCCUAAGAGUUGUAUCUAGUAAGCAAUCAAGAUCUAGAGACUAUCCUGGGCCCAUGACAAGUAAGGGUGCAUACAGCUGGUAUAGCUAUACUCUGCCCUGGAAGAAGGAUGUGUCUGAUGGCAUGAAAACCCCAAUGCAGCAUAGGAAGGAUCCUGUUCACUCCAGCAAACAAAGAGUGUGGGAUGGAGACACAAAUUUACCCAAAUGGAGAGAACCUAGACAAAUAAGUACUUUACCAGGAAGGGGUCGUGAUCAGCAUUUCCGGAGGCAAUACAAGGACAGUAAGCACAGGGACAGAAAUGUCCAAUUAACAGAGACUGUUCCACAUCAGAAUCAACCACAAGGGUCCAAGGAAAACAAUGGUUUGUUUGUAAUUGAUGCUACUUGUGUAGUGGUUAGGGCACAGUAUAUUCCCCCACCAAAAAUGCAGCAAGUAAAAUUUUUAACUGAGCAGCAAGGUUGUCAAGGGCAGAGAACAGAAGGCAUUCUGGAUUUUCAAGGAGCAUAUAGGAACAGGAAAUUAUCCCACUUGGCAGAACAGUGUGAAACCAACUGUGGUAUAACAUUGAAUCGAUCUGACCCAGUGCCUGGACAUUCUGUGCCAACUAAAAGAGAAGCUCCAAAUAUGCAGGAAAGAGCAAAACGGAUUUUGGGGCUGUCUGCAGAUGAGCUAAAUGAUACUCAGUGCCAUGUGGAAAGAGAAAACAGAGCUAAAAUUAUAGUGGAAGCACCCUGUGCCGAGAAGAGCCAAGUGGCACUUGCUAAAUGCAACAUGACAAAAGGAGAUCAUAUUGAAAACUAUGAGGAGACUCUUUCUUCUGAGACUGUAGGUAAUAGAGAGACCCAAGAGGUUUGUCCACUGUCAUUCAAUGGCAUUGAGCAGGUGUGUAAUAGUGCACGGGAUAUGUGCUAUGGCGAUUAUGCUCAUAGUCUGACACCAGAAACCAAUAUAAGAAAUAUGGCAGGAGAUGAGAUUGACAGAGCAAGUGUAGAAUUUCAGAUAAAAGCUAGUCCCAAAGGCACCCCUCAGGUAAAUGAGAACACAACAGCUAUGAUGGAACCCAAGGCAUCCCCAAUAAAGCACUGUGACACACACAACACAGAGGAAACCGACACAAUUCGUAGAAAUGGGGUGAAUAUGGAAAAUGCUAAUCUGAUAACUGAGAAAAAAGUGACAUCAAAGGAAAAUGUGGGUUCAGCUUCAGAACCUGCUAAGCAACAUGUGCAAUAUGAGGGUGCAAGGCUUCCAAGUCUCCAUGACGAGCACCUUAGUUCUGUGAGAGGGAACACUGGGCAUUGCUCAGCUGCUUCUGGGCAGAUACAUAACAGAAAGUGGCCCAGUGAUGUGCAGUCUGUAAAUGUCCCUGAGCUUGCAGAAUCUGCUGAUCUAAAUGAGGCACAGAGGGGCCAAAGCAAACUGCUAACCCCUUCUAGGUCCCCAGAAAAACCUUAUGUAAAGAAGCACAAUUACUUCGCUAAGGAUCUGCGAGAAGCCGUGUCACGCAUUCGGCGCCACACAGCCCCUGACUCUGACACAGAUGAAGACUUAGACAGAUAUUCCUCUGGUUCUGGUUCAGUAGAACAUGGAACAACCAAUGCGGAAGUAAUGACCUCUUGCAGCUCAGACACAUCAGACUCUGAGGUCACUGUCAUACUCUCUAAAGGGGAAACAAAAGAAAAAGUUGACUCAAACUCCUUGCAUGCUCAACCUUUGCCCUAUGCAUCUGAUGCAACCAUAAUGAGUAGUCUACUUGCAACUGAUGCAGCUGCUGAACCCUCCAACCUUGCUGGCCACCAGGAGGGGACAGGAUUGGAUUUAAACAGCUGCAUCAAGGAGAUUCUACAGGAUCUCAACCGAACACAGCAAGAAUUUUUCCCCUCAGUGAAUGAGGGUAGCACCAUGUACCAAACUGACCACACACCAGGGGGCGCAGCAAGUGAUGGGAAGUCAUUUGUAUGAGUUGAUAGCUUGAGGCCUGACAGCAACAGUUUAGGUUUUCUGGAAAAUCCAUGAACGGAAUGAAGGAAUUGGAGUUGGUUAAAGAAACAGUAACACCCAAACUGGAAAUUGUUAAUGGAGAAUUCACUCAGAUUCACUGGGUGGAGCCAAUUUGUUAGGGAACCCCAUUAAAUAAAGUCACUUACUUUAUAUGUUUGCUGGGGAUUACGGUAUCUUAAAAAAAGCUCUGGCCCAUGGUACUUUCCACCAGAGCACCAGCCCUGGGUAGAACACAAGCAAUUUCAGACACUGGGAGGUGCCUAUCACCUUCCCCCCCCCCCCCCCCCCCCAGUGAGUUUGAGUGCCCUACUUCUUUAAUGUGAACUAACAUACCGCUUCAUUUUACUCUAUAUAUAAAAAUGUUUUCCUUUAAUAUAAAGUCCUGGUUUUGAUUGCAGUAAUUUGGUAUCCGAGUAUCCUGUGUGCAUUUAUAUAUGAACUGUUGUUUAAACAAACUGCCACCCAGUCUCUUGUGUGUAUGAAACAAGGCAGGUUGUCAGUCUUCAGAAUAAAUUCUUCUACUUGUGCCUGCACCCCAAAGCAUUGAAUUCACACGGGGUGCAGGCACACUCACCCAUUAUACACUAACUAACAUGAGACUUGGCGUUUGUUGGCGGAUAUCAGCUGAAUGUGCCUGCACCCCGGGCGGAUUCAAUGCUUCCAGGUACAGGCACAAGUAGAAGAAUUUUUAA